UGUGUCUGAGUGUGUGUCUCUCUGUCACUGUGUGUCUGUGACUGUGUGUCUGAGAGUGCCUGGGUACACUUGUCUGUCUGAGUGUGUCUUUCCCUGUGUGUCUGUGUGUGUGUGUCGAUGCUCGGCCUCCCCAUCUGGUGAACUGGCGGACACACAGACUCCAGCUUCUCCAGCAGCCGCUCUUUCAGGGCGGCAGCCGGAGGCCAGUUCCUCCAACAUGGACCUGCUGCUGACCAGGCUGAAGGACCUCUCCUGCAAACCCGGCAGGUUCCCGGGCGGGGAAGGAAGGCACAGCCUGCCCGCCCUCGGGAAACGGCAGAGCUACUCCGGUCCCGAAUGGGAUCCGCAGCCCCAGGGCCGGAGGUUGGAUCUGGAGAAAGCUCUGGAGUGGCUUAAAUCCGAACUGAUGGAAAUGCGCUUCCAGAAUCAGACCUUAGUGAAACAGUUGAUGGAGCUUCACGCUGGGAUUCAAGAGCUGAAGAAAGAAUAUGAUAGUGACCAAGAUGUAUCAGCCUCAGAGAGUGAUAAUGAGGAGUCUGGGGAUGGCAGUAACUUAAAUUGUUCUCACCCUGACCACAGGCAGGUGACCCAGAGGGAGAACCGCAGGAACUCAGUGCCUUGAGUAAACCUGUAAUGGUGAGAUGUAGGGUGAAAUAAUUCAUGCCUGCAGAACUUAGUGUCUUUACAGUGGGGUCACUGAGACAUUGACAAGUGCCACCUGACCACAGCCAACUAUGUUGAAUACUAUAUAUUUUGUAACAUUACUCUUUUGCACUAAAAUGCAACUUAUUUCAUGGUA